AAAAUAUUUAAAAUCUCAAAAAGCAAAAGACAAUGAAGACUACUAUUUUUGUUUUAACUCUUCUAAUAUUUGUUUCAUUAUGUACAUCGACGGUUCCUUCUUCUUACAAGCCUGUGGUGGAAGGUCCUGCAUCAGCUGAUUUUUGUUACAAGUGUGCUCGUUAUUGUUUUAGAAUGCAUAAAUAUCCUCGUUUUUGUCAAGGCUUUGUUUGUCGAUGUUCUAUUAAUACUGGUGGUGAAUAGU